AAACACCCUGUGCUUAUACAGGGUAGUAGUAGACUACUGACCUACUGUUCAGACGAGGGGAAACGUGAGUGAAGGAAGACAAACUCCUGAGUGACUGGGCCAAGGCUUUUACGCAAGUUCUUUUGUUGUUUUGUGGUUGUUUUAUUUACAGAUAAAAGGCUCUUUUCAGUGAACUGGAGUUUUUUGGGAGGAGGUGCCUGCUGUAACAUUAGGACUCUUCUCUGUCGUAAAUACUAUAGCCUAGAGGGGGGAGCUGAGUGUAGUUUAAGGAAGGCUGCCUUGCUGUUGGGGAGGAGUUGUAAAAUACUCCUUAUUUGGAAACAGACUGGUCACAUGGUGCCAGAAUUCAAGCAAUAGAGGUGAGAGACAGAAUAGAGAGCACUUUGAACUGUGCCUUGAGAAGGUGAGAGGUUCUACUGCAGUAACUGACUUUCUCAGAUUCGAGCCAAUGAGGUGAGGUAAAAUGCCCAUCAACUUUACUGUGGUGCCUGUGGAGGAUAACGAGGCCGAGAAAUCAACUCUGGAAGGUGUGUUUAGAGAGGAACAUGACGAAAAUAUUCCUCCGCAACGACAGUACUCAGUCGAUGACACUCCCAGAGAAAGCAGCCCUUUCAUCAACAUCAUUGACCAAGACCAAGAAAACUACUACGAUGGCAAGAACAUGGCUCUCUUCGAGGAGGAAAUGGAGAGCAACCCCAUGGUAUCCUCCCUGCUCAACAAGCUGGCCAACUACACCAACCUCACCCAGGGAGUUACUGAACACGAGGAGUAUGAGGAGGGGGUCACCAAAGUCAGAGUCAAGGGUCCUCAGAUGGGCACAUUCAUCGGCGUGUACUUGCCCUGCAUGCAGAACAUCCUGGGAGUCAUCCUGUUCCUCCGCCUCACCUGGAUCGUGGGCACCGCCGGAAUCUUGGAAUCCUUCGCCGUUGUCGUCAUGUGUUGCACUUGCACCAUGUUGACAGCGAUAUCAAUGAGUGCUAUUGCUACAAAUGGAGUAGUGCCGGCCGGCGGCUCCUACUACAUGAUCUCAAGGUCUUUGGGACCAGAGUUUGGUGGUGCUGUGGGUUUGUGUUUCUACCUGGGCACCACGUUCGCUGGCUCCAUGUACAUCCUGGGAACCAUUGAAAUCCUACUGACGUACAUCGUUCCGAACGCGGCAGUGUUUGUGGCUGAGACGAAGGAGGAUGAGUCGGUGGCUCUGCUGAACAACAUGCGCGUGUAUGGAACCUGCUGCCUGGCCCUCAUGGCUCUGGUGGUGUUUGUGGGAGUUAAAUAUGUCAACAAGCUGUCCCUGGUGUUCCUCGCCUGUGUUGUACUCUCCAUCAUGGCCAUCUACGCCGGAGUCAUAAAGACCGCCAUAGAACCCCCAAACUUCCCAAUCUGUCUCCUGGGGAACCGUUCCUUGCAGAACCACAACUUUGAGAAGUGUAUGAAGACAGAGGAGAGGAACAACCAGACACAUACCACCAAGCUGUGGGACUUGUUCUGUGACAGCCCCUACCUCAAUGCCACCUGUGAUGACUACUUCAUCCGCAACAAUGUGACAGAGAUACAGGGCAUCCCGGGGCUGCUCAGCGGGGUCAUCAAAGACAAUCUGUGGUCUGAAUAUGGCCCAAGUGGGAUGUUGGUGGAGAAGAAGGACCAGUUGUCAGUUCCUGCCAAGGACAAAUCCAGAAAUAUCAACUUACCUUACGUUUUCAACGACAUCUCCACCUUCUUCACUCUAAUAGUGGGAAUCUACUUCCCCUCUGUCACAGGAAUCAUGGCUGGCUCAAACCGAUCCGGGGACCUCCGGGAUGCCCAGAGGUCUAUUCCCACGGGCACUAUCCUGGCCAUAGCAACCACCUCUUUCCUUUAUAUGACCUGUGUGGUCCUGUUUGGGGCCUGUAUCGAGGGUGUUGUUUUAAGGGACAAGUUUGGGGACUCUGUUAAAAAGAACUUGGUAAUUGGAACUCUAGCAUGGCCGUCUCCCUGGGUGAUUGUUAUUGGCUCGUUCUUCUCCUGCUGCGGGGCAGGUUUGCAGAGUCUCACUGGCGCCCCCCGUCUGCUACAGGCCAUAGCACGAGAUGGGAUUGUCCCAUUCCUGCAGGUAUUCGGUCAUGGUAAAGCCAAUGGGGAACCUACUUGGGCCUUGCUUAUGACUGCUGGGAUAUGUGAGAUUGGAAUCCUCAUUGCGUCACUAGAUGAAGUUGCUCCCAUUCUGUCAAUGUUUUUCCUGAUGUGUUACCUGUUUGUCAACCUGGCCUGUGCCGUUCAGACACUGCUGGGCACUCCCAACUGGAGGCCCAGGUUUAAGUUCUACCACUGGACUCUGUCGUUCCUGGGGAUGAGUCUGUGUCUGUCCCUGAUGUUCAUCUGCUCCUGGUACUAUGCACUGGUAGCCAUGUGCAUCGCUGGGUGCAUCUACAAAUACAUCGAGUACAGAGGGGCAGAGAAGGAGUGGGGGGACGGGAUCCGAGGCCUGUCCCUGAACGCUGCCCGCUACGCUCUGAUCCGACUGGAGGAAGCGCCGCCACACACUAAAAACUGGAGGCCUCAGCUGUUGGUUUUACUGAAGCUGGAUUCAGACCUGGGGGUUAAACACCCUCGUUUGCUGUCUUUAACCACCCAGCUGAAGGCAGGGAAAGGCCUGACCAUUGUGAGUUCUGUCCUUGAGGGAACGUACAUGUCCCUGGGGGCCCAGGCCAAGACCGCAGAGCAGAACGUUAAGGCAGCAAUGCACUCGGAGCGUACCAAAGGGUUCUGCCACGUGGUGGCGUCCUCCAACCUACGGGACGGGUUCUCCCACCUGAUCCAGUCGGCGGGGCUGGGGGGCAUGAAGCACAACACGGUCCUCAUGGCCUGGCCUGGGGCCUGGAAACAGGCUCAGGACACCUACCCCUGGAAAAACUUCAUUGAGACGGUGAGAGAGACCACAUCAGCCCAUCAGGCCCUGCUGGUUGCUAAGAAUAUUGACAGGUUCCCCAGCAACCAGGAUCGUCUUGGAGAGGGCACCAUUGAUGUGUGGUGGAUCGUCCAUGAUGGAGGUCUUCUUAUGCUGCUGCCAUUUUUACUCCGUCAACACAAGGUGUGGAGAAAGUGUAAGAUGCGCAUCUUCUCAGUGGCUCAGAUGGAUGACAACAGUAUUCAGAUGAAGAAGGACCUGCAGAUGUUCCUCUAUCAACUCCGUCUGAACGCAGAAGUAGAAGUGGUUGAGAUGCAUGGAAGUGACAUCUCAGCCUUUACCUAUGAGAAGACCCUGGUGAUGGAGCAGCGUUCUCAGAUGCUCAAACAGAUGCAGCUGUCCAGGAACGAGAGGGAGAGAGAGAUUCAGAGCAUCACGGACGAGUCGCGUAGCUCCAUCAAGAGGAAGAGUCUGCCCGGCGGGGAGAGCGGGGCCCCAAACAAGCUACAGGUCCCCACCCUGUCCAUAACCAUGGACACACAGGAGGAUGAGGCCCAACUGAUCCACGAUAGGAACACCAAGUCCCACGCCAACCUCAACAACAAGGCCGCCGUCUCGCCUGAGCACCACAUGACCUGGACCAAGGACAAGCUGAUUGCCGAGAGGAACCGCAACCGUGCCGAACCCAACAUGGGUGUGAAGGACCUCUUCAAUUUGAAACCAGAGUGGGGGAGUCUGAACCAAUCAAACGUGCGAAGGAUGCACACCGCGGUCAAGCUGAAUGAAGUCGUGGUCAACAAGUCCCAGGGAGCCCAGCUGGUGCUGCUCAACAUGCCCGGACCGCCCAAAAACAAGGGUGGCGAUGAGAAUUACAUGGAGUUCCUGGAGGUUUUGAUGGACGGACUUGACCGGGUGUUGCUGGUGCGAGGCGGAGGCAGGGAGGUGAUCACGAUCUAUUCCUAACAGCAGCGUGGUGGCGGGCAUGGUGCAGCCUCAGAGUCCCCGCUGGGAUCCACUGGACCAGUGACUGGGCCUCAGCCUCCGCCUCGGUGCCAGGAGUGGAGUGGGACUUCCCUCCCAGCACCGGAGGCACGGUGGUGGUCAACCUGAACACGCACCGCUGGAGGACAACAAGGAGCGCCUUGGAAUGACCAGUCUUUCCAUUUUGUCAUUUUUCUAUUCAGGUUUUCCAUGUCAUUCAUUAGGAAUGGCAAUUGCUUUAGUAGAACAAAGUGCAAUGAGCACUGCUAUUUUAGUGUGCUUUUUUUCCCACGGUUUCUCUUCCUGGCGCCAAACAUGAAACAUAAUACGAAUAAUUUUAAGAAUUGCCCAUGGCAGAUGGAUGUAAAAUAUAAGUGAUUUUUACCUAUCAGUUUUCUGGAGGUGAACAGAGCGGUGGCUCAGUAGUGCAGUAUUGUAUAGCCUAGCUGAUGGGAUGCAGCUUGUCCAGUACAGUAGGUGAUGGGUUUCAAUCCCAGCCUGACCCAGGCAGUCUAGUGCGGAUUGGUCCUAAAGCCAGACACACUGAAUGACCUUGUCUAUAUGAGCCAUUUGGUUCAGCGUAUUAGCCAGAACAAUUAUCCCAUAUUGAGAUUUACUUGGGCACAAUUUUCUAUUAUAGGAAUACAGCCUUUUAUUUUCAGCAUGAUGAUAUACACAGUGGAAGAGGCCACAUUAUAAAUAAGUUGUUGUGUUGUUUAACGUAUUAUAUUCUGUAUAAUUUCCAUAUACUUUAGGUUUAAAUAAAUAACUGAUAAAACAAUUAUAAAUAAAGAGAGGCAAUGAUAUGUAUCUAUGCUUUAAAUGAUAGUUUCAUAUUUUAAAUAGUUCUUAUUACAAGAAACGCUAAUGAGCUUCUUGUGGUCCAUUGUUAUGACCAAAAGUAAGACAAUUACCAGGCCUUAUUUGAUCAAAUCAAAUGACCUGCCUUUAUGGUUGAAAUGUUGUGUCAGAAACUUUUAUUAUUUUCAAUGAGGCAAAAAUGUAGUUUGAAUUUGGUUAACUUUCUGAAUUGACUGGAACUGAACUAGAAUUUAGCCCAAGCUUGGUAUUAUAUUAAAGGCAGUGCCUGCAUAUGGCCUGUGUACCUCAGUUAAGAAAGUGUCCAGUUGGCUGUGGCCACAUUAGGUCUAUGCCGCACUGUGACUUUGUGGUUUCCCCUUUCAAGUCACUGAAUCAGGUGGCUAACUAUUUCGGCUGUUUACGUAUCACAGCGUAAUAGGAAACAGUUGAGAAGUAGGUGGAUAUUGAAAUUCAAUUGUUUUGUGUUGAUGUAUUUUAUGUUGUACUUUGGUAUACUGUUAAUGUUUCAUGUUGUCCCUAAUAAGUGUUGCAGGUGAACAGGAUAAUGAGGUCAUCAAUGUUCCUACAUUCUCUCUAGCAGAGUAUUUAUGCUUGUUUGAAUCCAGUGUGCUGAGGUUAUAGUAUGUUUGAUGUUGCCUGGAAGUGUAUGCAGUCUGUAACAUAUACCUGACAAUACUGUGUACUAUGUUUCACAAUUCUAUGACAUUGUCUCCGUAUCCAUAAUUUCUGAUGUAAAGUAGAUAAACGCAAAGAUUGUUUUGCACAACUCUUUAUUAUACUAUGUACUUUUGUUGAAAAUUGCAUUUUGCUGUUUUAUUAUUUACUGUAAUCUACUUCAUAGAAUUAUAAUUAGGAGAUACAAACACAUCAUCAGAUUUUCCUAUUUAAUGAUAGGUAAUGAUAAAAGCUCUGUACAUACUCAAAUGUGCCAAAGAGAUUUUGAAUAACAGAAAGUGAAUGUAUUUCAAUUUAAAGUUAUUAAACAUAGAAAUGACUUCUCUUUAAUCAGGUCAUGUAAUACAUUAGCAUUACAGUUUUGCAAUAUCUGUUAUCUCUCUAAAAAAUAUACGCUUUUCAGUCAAUAAGACUUAAUUUAAGAGUUAGAAUUUGAACAAUAUUACUUUAAAGGAUGUUUCCGAUUGAGCUGACUUGCACAGUGUUUACCUUUAAUUCAGAGUCUGGACUAACAUGCAAACGCUGACUUUAAAUCCCAGUCAAGCUGUCCUCCCCAACUUUUGCUAUAAAGAUUGAGUCAUUUUUAUUAUGGUUACAAUUUGGUUCCCUCCACAUUGUCAGCACAGUAUUCUGUGUUUCUGUUCAUGUUCUGUACAGUUGUUUCUAAAGUUAAGUAAACCCCUUUUUUUGAGGUGUGUAGAGAACAUGUACAUUUUUGUAACAGUUUGCUGUUUUAGUUUUUUUAGAAUAUGAAUUUACUGAUCAUUUCAUAAUGUGUGAUUCAACAGAUGUCAUUGUGUCUGUAAUUAACCAGACCUGUUUGUGAAUAAACAAGCUACAGGCUACACAUUUAAUAGAGCGAAUCAUGUGAAUAACAACA